AUGGGACAUAUAGGCUACGAAGCAUCCGCUCGCUCCGGCAACGCGGUUUGCGCUUUCAAUGGGACUGGUUACACACUCUCCGGGUUGACGAUGUAUAUACCGGAGACAACCCUGUGUGAUGAUCUACUCCCCAAGUCUCCAUCCAUGGAUGAAAUGGAUAAUGAGGAAGCGCAAGCGGUAAACAAAAGACAAGAUGAACCUGAGCCGGAAACAGCUCCGCCUUAUGAGACGCCCAUACGUUCAAAUUUGCCCAUACAUUCAAAUUCUUUAAGGGACUCUCAAUAUACGAUUCCCAGGCAGCGUGAUAUCGCCUUGCAAAAUUUACCUCGUGCGGCCAUGCUACCUUCGAUCCCGGUGCCUGCUCCGAGCGAUGUGAGAGACCACAAUAGUCCCAUUUGCUCGAAUCCUUGGACGAGAGAUACAAGAACAGGUGAUAGAAUGACUUUAGAUAUCGUGCUCGUGGUCCCUACGCAGAGGAUUGAUGUCGCGAACUCGCUGUCCCAGCCUUCGUCUUCUGUGGUGUGGGCGACACAGCCCGCCCAUAUCAGUUCUCCCAUGGUCACUUCAGAUGGCGGUGAUAUUUUUCACAGUUCCGUGAAACCAACUGUGGCAACUGGGUCCUAUUCUGUGGCCACUAAUGGUGGUCAGAGUGGUGAGGGCCGGACGUUGAAUGGCAGUGAGACGCUUGGGAUGGGUUUGUCGAAUGGGGCCGGGUACCUGAAUCUAAGGACAGUGGUUGUUGUCGGUAUUUUCACUUUACUGCUGUGGACUUUUGUUUUUAUUCAAUGUAUUUAG